AUGACGACCAUUCGCAUUAUGAAACAGACACGAAUUGGACAAAGGAACGUGAGGACUUUAAUGGAACCAACCAGAUUGGCGCAGUUUGAAGGAGAAAUGGAGAAAAUGCAGAUCGCAAUUGCAGGCAUCAGCGAAAUGAGAUGGAGAGGGAACGGGACAACAACAACAUCAACUGGCAACCUAGUGAUGCACAGCGGGAGCAAUGAUGGUGGCAGGAAUGGAGUAGGAAUUUACAUGUCCAAACAGUUCAAGCAGACACUAAUCUCCUGGAGCCCAAUAUCCGACAGAAUCAUCAGUGCCAGAUUCCGAUGCAAUGCUAGGCACAUCACCAUCGUACAGUGCUAUGCCCCAACAGAAGACGCCAGCGAUGACAUCAAAGAUGACUUCUACAACGCCCUCACAUCUUCACUCACCAGGAUUGGAAGAGGAGACGUCAAAAUACUCAUGGGAGACUUCAACGCAAAAAUUGGCCCCAACAACAAUGGACUAGAAACAAUAAUGGGAAAACAUGGUGUUGGCUCACACAGCAAUAACGGUGAUAGACUUAUCGACUUGUGCCAAACAUUCCAACUGGUCAUUGGUGGCACUGUAUUUCCACACAAGGAAGUCCAUAAAUACACAUGGACAUCUCCAAAUGGGCAUACACGCAACCAAAUUGACCACAUCUGCAUAAGUAAGAAAUGGAGACGCUCACUAAUGGAUGUAAGAAAUAGGAGAGGCGCGUCAAUCGACAGUGACCACGAGUUGGUAGUCGGGGAGCUCAUCAUCAAGCUCAGACGAAACCACAACACCGGCACCAGGAACACAAGAAGACCGCCUCCUCUUAACCUACAUCGACUUGGCGACUCCACUCUAUCUACCAGAAUGGCAACAACGCUACGUGAGCAACUAGGGCCGCAGCAGGAGGAGCACUCAUGGGAGUUGACAUGCAGAAUACUGAGAAGCACAGCGGAGGAGGUGCUUGGCACCCGACAACGCAGACAAGUGGAUUGGAUAUCGACACACACAUGGGAUCUUAUCAACAGACGGAACAGCCUCAAAUCUAGAGCGGAUCACGACUGCAGAGUUCGAGGUGAAUACAACGAGCUAUGCAAUGUAAUUGGACAACUAUCCGGAAAAUGUCAAAGGCAAACCCAUCCAGUGCGAGAUUCAACCGGAAAACUCCUUACAGAAGAAGAGGCACAAAUCCAAAGAUGGCGACAACACUUCAUGGAGAUCAGCUGCACAGAACAACCAAGCAGCAUACAAGAAGACUCCUUAAGUGGCAUGUCAAGCAAUAACAUCAGGAUAUCACCCACCGCACCAUCAGUUAGAGAAAUCAAGGAAGCAAUCAGGAAACUUAAGAACAACGAAGCGGCUGGAGAUGACGGCAUACCGGCCGAGCUUCUCCAGAUAGACUCGCAACUAAUGGCCGAAACAUUGCAUCCACAUUUCACCAACAUAUGGGAAAGUGAGCGAAUCCCAGCAUCCUGGAAAAAAGGAAUCAUCGUCAAGCUACCGAAGAAAGGAGACCUCAGUGACUGCAACAAUUGGUGA